AGUUGUAUCCCGGAGGAUUGUUUGUCCUCGUCUUUUCCUCCAUGAAAUGGGAAAUGGAGGUGGAAGAGAAAGAGAUCGAAGUUGUGCUCGAGAAAAUUUGGGAUUUGCACGAUAAGUUUAGCGACGCAAUUCACUCCAUCUCCCGAGCUCACUUCCUCAGCUCCGUCAAGUCUCGCGCCAAAACCGACGAUUUCCACUUUCCCCUCCGGUCAACGAAGAAGCCGGAGGCGGCGGAUUCCGAUCAGAGCGCGCACAAUAACGAAUUUAGGAACGACGGAAACAAGGCUUCCGGUUUCGUCUUUGUGAAGGAGUUCCGAGUUGGCGAUGAGGAUGACUCGGCUGCGGUUCGUGAAGCUAAGAGCCUAAGCGCCAUCCGAACCGCCCUCGAAAACCUCGAAGACCAGCUCGAAUUCCUCCAUACCAUGCAAACGCAGCAACGGGCUGAGAGAGAUGUUGUGCUUGCUCGCAUAGAACAAAGCCGCAUCCUCCUUGCGUUGAGAUUAGCAGAGCAUCAGGGUAAAAGGUAUAAAUGUAUAGAAGAAGCUCAAGCACUGGUUUGUGAUGUUAAGGAUGCCAGCCAUUUCGUUUCACCUGAAAGCCUUUCUGGUAAUGCACACUGUGAGGAUUUUGUUGCACGGGAUGGGAAGAGAUCAAAUGUGUUUCUUAAUGUUCUCUUUUCUAGUUUCAAUUUCGUCAAGCAGUCCCUUAGACUAGAUCAUGUGGGUGGGGUGCUUGGAAACGCUGCCCUGGUUGCAAUUAGUAUGCUAGCGUUAAUGCAUCUGCAACAAGCAGGUUGCAAAGAAAAAUUCGUUUUGGCCCUUCCACAAAGACAAGAAGAUGUUAUCUACAACAGAAAUAUGACCAAAGUCUCUCAACCCACAGGUUCAUCAUCUAGUCGUUUGUCAGAGUUGAACGUGUUGUCAGCUAGGGGCUAGACUGAAAGUAAUAUUAUAAAAUCUUUUCUCUUCUUGGGUUGACUGUUUGAGUUGCUUCAAAUGUUGUUAAUUGAAUAGAGAGAGGCUCCAUAUGUGAUGACAAAAACCGAAAUAGGUUAAGCCUAGGAAAAUUUUCAUUAUCUUGAGUAUCCAAAUGAUACAUUGAUUGUUAUUCUCUUUGGUAAUACAAUGUCAGUCCGGUCCUUUCCACUAAACAGCAAGUUUCAUUGUAUAUAAUAUAACUAUAAACUUCCAUUCAUUUGUAUCUGUGCGAAAUGUGCAACUCUAUGUAUGCAGGUAACAGUUGAUUUAUUGAAAGUUAUGUUCUUGCGCGUA